AGAGAUAAUUUCACAAAGAAAGGAUGUUACAGAUUCCAGAGUAAAGAGGAAAUCUGAAGAGAAAAGCAUAGGAAAGGAAACGGUGGUAAUAGGAAUUGGGGUAAAGUGAGGAUCCUUCCCCACAGACAUUGCUAUUAUUCAGCUCAUUUCAAAGGAUUCCGCUGCUGCCAUUUGUGAGAGCCGCUGGAGGCUGAGUGAAAGUCAUUUUGAAAGACUGAUCCAAAGAAGAAUGGAGGCCAGAGUGGAGCGUGCUGUGCAGAAAAGGCAAGUCUUAUUUCUUUGUGUAUUUCUGGGAAUGUCUUGGGCUGGCGCCGAACCGCUUCGGUAUUUUGUGGCGGAGGAAACCGAGAGAGGCACCUUUCUUACCAACUUGGCAAAAGACCUAGGGUUAGGGGUAGGGGAACUGAGAGCCCGGGGAACUAGAAUUGUUUCAGACCAGAACAUGCAAUUUUUACUGCUCAGUUCGCUUACUGGUGAUCUACUUCUAAAUGAGAAAUUGGACCGAGAGGAACUGUGUGGCCCCAGAGAGCCCUGUGUGCUGCCUUUCCAGUUGUUAUUGGAAAAACCCUUUCAGAUUUUCCGUGCUGAACUGUGGGUCAGAGACAUCAAUGAUCACUCUCCAGUAUUUCUAGACAGAGAGAUUUCCUUGAAAAUAUUAGAAAGUACCACUCCAGGGGCGGCAUUUCUCCUAGAGAGUGCACAGGAUUCAGAUGUUGGAACCAACAGCCUGAGUAACUACACCAUCAGCCCCAAUGCCUAUUUCCAUAUUAAUGUCCACGAUAGCGGGGAGGGGAAUAUCUAUCCCGAAUUGGUGCUGAAUCAAGUGCUGGAUCGGGAAGAGAUAUCAGAGUUCAGUUUAACCCUCACCGCUUUAGACGGCGGCUCUCCUCCCAGAUCAGGGACCGCCCUCGUGCGCAUCCUGGUUCUAGACAUAAAUGACAACGCCCCUGAUUUUGUGCGGUCGCUCUACAAGGUGCAGGUGCCCGAAAAUAGCCCCGUUGGUUCCAUGGUUGUCUCCGUGUCAGCCAGAGAUUUAGAUACCGGAAGUAAUGGGGAAAUAGCCUAUGCAUUUUCUUAUGCCACUGAAAGAAUUCUCAAAACGUUUCAAAUCAAUCCAACAUCUGGGAAUCUUCAUCUUAAAGCGCAAUUGGACUAUGAGGCAAUUCAAACUUACACAUUAACUAUUCAGGCCAAAGACGGCGGCGGGCUUUCUGGAAAAUGCACUGUAGUGGUUGAUGUAACAGAUAUAAACGAUAAUCGACCCGAGCUGCUCCUGUCUUCACUUACUAGCCCAAUUGCAGAAAACUCACCCGAGACAGUCGUGGCUGUUUUUAGGAUUAGAGACAGAGAUUCCGGGAACAAUGGAAAGACAGUGUGCUCCAUCCAGGACGAUCUCCCCUUCAUCCUGAAGCCAUCUGUAGAAAACUUCUAUACUCUGGUAACAGAGAAACCUUUGGAUCGAGAGAGGAACACUGAGUACAACAUCACCAUCACCGUCACCGACUUGGGGACACCCAGGCUGAAAACCGAGUACAACAUAACUGUGCUGGUCUCUGACGUCAAUGACAACGCCCCGGCCUUCACCCAAACCUCCUACACCCUGUUUGUCCGCGAGAACAACAGCCCCGCCCUGCACAUCGGCAGCGUCAGCGCCACAGACAGAGACUCAGGCACCAACGCCCAGGUCACCUACUCGCUGCUGCCGCCCCAGGACCCGCACCUGCCCCUCGCCUCCCUGGUCUCCAUCAACGCCGACAAUGGCCACCUGUUUGCCCUCAGGUCUCUGGACUACGAGGCCCUGCAGGCGUUCGAGUUCCGCGUGGGCGCCACAGACCGCGGCUCCCCCGCGCUGAGCAGCGAGGCGCUGGUGCGCGUGCUGGUGCUGGACGCCAACGACAACUCGCCCUUCGUGCUGUACCCGCUGCAGAACGGCUCCGCGCCCUGCACCAAGCUGGUGCCCCGGGCGGCCGAGCCGGGCUACCUGGUGACCAAGGUGGUGGCGGUAGACAGCGACUCGGGCCAGAACGCCUGGCUGUCGUACCAGCUGCUCAAGGCCACGGAGCCCGGGCUAUUCGGCCUGUGGGCGCACAAUGGCGAGGUGCGCACCGCCAGGCUGCUGAGCGAGCGCGACGCGGCCAAGCACAGGCUGGUGGUGUUGGUCAAGGACAAUGGCGAGCCUCCGCGCUCGGCCACCGCCACGCUGCACGUGCUCCUGGUGGACGGCUUCUCCCAGCCCUACCUGCCGCUCCCGGAGGCGGCCCCGGCCCAGGCCAACUCGCUCACCGUCUACCUGGUGGUUGCGUUGGCCUCGGUGUCGUCGCUCUUCCUCCUCUCGGUGCUCCUGUUCGUGGCGGUGCGGCUGUGCAGGAGGAGAAGGGCGGCCCCGGUGGGUCGCUGCUCGGUGCCUGAGGGCCCCUUUCCACGACAUCUGGUGGACGUGAGCGGCACCGGGACCCUGUCCCAGAGCUACCAGUAUGAGGUGUGUCUGACUGGAGGCUCUGGGACAAAUGAGUUCAAGUUUCUGAAACCAAUUAUCCCCAACCUGCUACCCCAGAGCACAGGCAAGGAAGUGGAAGAAAAUCUACCAUUUCAGAAUAAUUUGGGUUUCUGA